UUGUGUGGUAGCUAGCAGCCUGGAGGCCCUGGUUGUUGUGUGUGUUUGUGUGUGUUUGUGUUGUGUGUUUGCUCCUCUCCUGGACUACCUGGGAUCACUUUGAUUUCCUCCAGCCCCGAGCAGCGGCCCCUCCCGGUGCCGGUGACCCGCAGGAGGCCUCCUCUGCCCGGGAUGUGACCGAGUGGCGAGGCGCGGAGCUGGAGCACGUUGACCGGGGUCGCCUCCUCGCUCCUCCGGGUCUGGGAGCUGUUUCUCCGGGAGUGUCGGGCCCCAUGGAGGGUACAUGAACCGGCUCGGAUAGGGACUCUACCGGGGAGACGAUGAGGGGAGGAGCAGGGAGGAGGCGUGGCCAGCAGCCCUGAGGAGCCGUCCUGUGGCGAGGAGGAGCACGGCCCUCCUGCGGCCCCCCUGCGGCCCCCCAGGACGCUCCCACUAAGAUGUCCCUCAGCAGCGGCCCUGCAGGCGGGAAAGGUGUGGACUCCAGCGCCGUGGACACGUACGACAGUGGUGACGAGUGGGACAUCGGUGUUGGCAAUCUGAUCAUCGACCUGGACGCGGACCUGGAGAAGGACAAACUGGAGAUGUCCGGCAGUAAGGAGGGGGGGGGCUUGGCGGCCCCUCCCAGCUCGGUGGCUGCGUUAACUGACAAUAUGAAGUUUGUGAGUCCUGUGGGCGGCGCCGGGGGCAAAGAGAGCAAAUCUAAAUCCAAGCGCAGUAAAAACUCUAAGGACGGGGUUAAGGCUCCGGUCUCGGACGGAGCCAAGAAGGAGAUUCAGGGCCGGACCCCCGGGGACCCCCCCGCUCAGAACCCCAGCUCCACCCCUCCGAAGGGAACUGAGAAAGCUAGUAAACUCUCCCGUACAACCCUCCCUGCGGUGAAGAAGGACAAGGACGGGAUAUCUGGGAAAACUAAGAAGGAGAAAAUGGAGGUCGGAGCCACCGGAGCGGUGAACACUGAGAAGGAGACGCCGGCCCCCCUCCUGACGCCAGCGGCCCCUCGCAGCGGCCCGGUCGAGGGCCAGCAGAACCCCGAGGUGGCUGCAGACCAGGAGCCGGACCCGGCAGGGAUGGGUCAGCCCGUCGCCAUGCCAACGGAGCAGGAGGAGGUGGACGGCGCUGAAUGCCGAAAUCUGAAGAAGGUCGCAGGUGGUGAGAAGAUGGAGUCUCCAGUCUCCACCCCUGCGCCUCCUCCUCUCCACCUCCUGGCUCCCGUCAGCAGCAGCGACAUCUCGUCUCCCUGUGAGCAGAUCAUGGUGCGCACGCGCUCCGUGGCGUCGAACACAGCGGACGCCGCGCUGGCCACGGAGCCCGAGUGCCUGGGCCCCUGUGAGCCGGGCACCAGCGUGAACCUGGAGGGGAUCGUGUGGCAGGAGACGGAGGACGGCAUGCUGGUUGUGAACGUCACCUGGAGGAACAAGACGUAUGUGGGGACUCUGCUGGACUGUACCAGACACGACUGGGCCCCCCCGAGGUUCUGUGAGUCGCCCGGCAGUGACGUGGAGAUGCGGAGUGGGCGUGGCCGGGGGAAGCGGAUGCGUCCCGGCGGCAACGCGCUGCUGAACGACAACAGCAACUCCUCCGACAACAAAGGCAGCGGCAGCAGUAAGACUCGUGGAGCCGCGGCGAGCAGCAAGGGGCGCCGCGGCAGCCAGACCGCCGGCGCCGCCGAGGACGCCAAGGCCAGCCCGCCCUCCGCCAAGAGGAAGAGCAAACCCGCCUCCGACAUGGAGCCCACCUCCAGCUCCGAGGACACCAAGGCUUCCAAACGCAUGAGGGCGGACUCCGCCGGUGCUGCGCCCCCCCUCCCUGGAGGUGCACCUGAUGCCCUGCCCCCCCCACAGCUGGACCGCACCUGCCCCUCCCCCACGCUCAUCGACUGCCCCCACCCCAACUGUAACAAGAAGUACAAGCACGUCAACGGGUUGAGGUACCACCAGGCGCGAGCCCACAACGACCCGGACGUGCGUCUGGACCCCGAGGUCGACAGUGACGACUCCGCCCUCCAUCCUGACUCCGCCUCCUGCAACGGUUCCGCCACCUCCCCCGCCCGCUCCACCACGCCUAAAGCACGAGGCUCCUCGCCGUCGCCAGGGAAGCUAACAUCGAAGGGAAAGAAGAAAGCCGGGGAGGCGGAGCCUGAGGUGACGGACGGUGGCGAGGAGGCGUGUCUGACUGACGAGGACGGCAACGACGGGAUGGACGACAGGAAGUCCAGGAAGAUGGCGAGCAAGCCCGAUGGAGGGACUCCGAAAGGAUCAAAGCCCGGGUGCCCCCCCGCUCUGGGCUCUGUGGUACAGUCCGUUCCCAAGAGCCCUCAACUGAAGAACAUCCAACCCAAACCGCCAUCGGCUGACCCCGCCUCCAGCCCCGCCCCCGCCAAGGACAAGAAGAAGAAGGACAAGAAGAAGCGUGAGGGGGGGAAGGAGGGGGACAGUCCCAAGGCGAGGGGGGCGCGGCCUGAGGGGGGGAGGAGCCCGUACUCUGAUGACUCUCUGCUGAACGGCUCCUCCGACGCGCAGCAGAGCCGCUUGGCGAGCAUCAAGGCCGCCGCCGACAAGGUGUACAGCUUCUCGGACAACGCGCCCAGCCCGUCGCUCGGAGCGUCCGGCCGCAUGGAGGCGGGCCUCGCGCCCCCCCCCAACCAGAACGGAGCCGACAACGCGUCCAUCAAAACCAGCAGCCCCGCCUACUCCGACAUCUCGGAUGCAGGCGAGGACGGCGAGGCGAGGGCGGAGGGGGUGAAGGUCAAGUCCGAGCCCGAACCGGCGCCUCGCGAAGGGGCCAAGAAGGCGCUGUUCCCCCCCCAGCCGCCCAGCAAGGACUCGCCCUACUACCCCAACUACGACUCCUACUACUCACCCACCUACCCCCCCCCCAGCCCCGGGGCCGCAGCGGCAGCGGCGCCGCACGUGGAGGGCGCGCAGGUGAAGGUGAAGAAGGAGAAGGAGGAGGAGCCAGAGGUGGAGGAGGAGCUCAAAGUGAAGGUGGAGCCUCAGGAGGACAGGAAGGCGGAGCCAGGGCCCCAGCAGCCCUCGGUCAUCCAGCAGCGCCCCAGCAUCUACACCCAGCCGCUGUACUACAACCAGUACUACGUCCCCCCCCCCUACUCCUACUCCGCCGACCAGGCCUACCACGCCCACCUGCUGGCCUCUAGCCCCGCCUACCGCCAGCAGUACGAGGAGCGGCACCGGCAGGUCGACAAGAAGGCGGAGGGCAAAGAGCGGGAGCAGAAAGCCUCUGUGCCCCCCCCCACGCUGUCCAGAGCCCCCAGCCUCACCGACCUGGGCGCCAAGGGGGGGGCGACCCCGGCCAAGUCUAAAGAGCCCCUCCCACCUGCAGAACACGCCAAGUCCGUCAUCAUGGCGAAGGGAGAGGACGCCAAAGCCCCCCCCGCCCAGCCGGAGGGUCUGAAGAUGAAGCUGAGUGAAGCAGGGCAUCAUGGGAAGGAGGAAGCUAGGCCGGGGGCGGAGUCAGGCCGGCCGACAGGCGUGGAGCCCGCCAUGUGGUACCGACAGGAACCGGACCCCCGGCUGUGGCCCUACGUGUACCCCAACAAGUACCCCGAGGCGCCCAAGCCCCAGGAGGAGGAGCGCUGGAAGGACGAGCGAGAGAGGGAGCGAGAGAGGAAGGUGAAGGAGGAGAGGCCUCGGCCGAAGGAGGGACUGCAGAAGGAGGAGGUGAAGGAGGUGAAGGAGGGGGCGGAGGGCCGGACGCAGCUGCCUCCAGAGGAGCACAGGGGGGGGGGGAAGGAGCCGCACCCCCCACACAUGCAGUUCUCCUCCCCCCCUGUGCACCAGGGCUACAUGCCCUACAUGCACGGACCCUACGCCUACAGCCAGGGCUACGAGCCCCCCCACCCGGGCUACAGGGGCAUGCCAUCCGUCAUGAUGCAGAACUACCCCGGCUCGUACCUGCCGGCCGGUUACGCCUUCUCGUACGGAGGGAAGGGGGGGGCGGGAGAGGAGGGAGAGAAACCCUCCAGGUCCAGUCCCACGGUGAAGCCGUCCGCCGAGGCCAAAGCUCUGGACCUGCUGCAGCAGCACGCCAGCCACUACAAGAGCAAGUCGCCGUCCGUCCAAGACAACAAGACGCCACACGAGCGAGAGCGAGACAGAGAGCGAGACAGAGAGCGAGACAGAGAGCGAGACAGAGAGAGAGACAGAGAGCGAGAGAGAGAGCGAGACAGAGAAGGCGACCGGCCGCGCUCUUCACCCUCCCAACGCAUGCUGCCCUCGCACCAUCACCAUGGUUACCCUCUGCUGUCGGGACAGUACGACCUGUCCUACGCCUCAGGUCUCUCGUCCUCUGCCAUCGUCGCCAGUCAGCAGGCGUCCGCCCCGUCCAUGUACCCCCCCGCACGGAGGUGAGAGCGGCACACCUGAUUGGCUGACCUCCCCCCUGCCCGGAGUCAUGUGACUGGAUCACAUGAGGAAACGCAUCAGUUCAAUGGUGUUAGUGUUGGUUUGUUUCUCUGGCUGGACGUCCAGCCGUGGCUCCGCCCCUCACUGGACUGGACCAGCGGGUCUACUGGUCCUGCUGGUUUCAGACGGUGUGACUGGUGCUCGGGCAGCAGAGGGUUGGACUCACAGACAGAGGACAGAGUGGACGCAGUGGGGUGGAGACACAUGGUGCGGCAGGUCGUUCGGGACGUACAGAGGAGCAGGUGAUCACGCUAAGGAGGCGGGGUCUCACAGUUCUGGGCGGAGUUCAGAGUCUCGAUGGCGUCCUGCGUGAGCCGAGCCUUCGAGUCGUCGCCCAGGUUUUUAUUAACCUCCUCAUAUUUCUGACCCUCGGUCUUUAUCUGCGUGACCUCUGACCUCUCAGCUCGUGGACCCCACAGGCCGUGGCCACACCCACAUGACGUGGCCACACCUUCAUCUGGAAGUGUCUCCACCUCCCUGGAAAAUUAAAAAACAAAACAAAAAAACACUGUGGAUGGAGGAGGACGGACCAAUCAGAGGGCAGCGUUUGGACUGAAGCUGCAGCCUCAGACUGACGGGGAGUUGCCCCCCCCCUCCUCAGUGUGUAGCUGUACUGUACUCUGUGUGUGUGUGCGUGUGUGUGAGUGUGUGUGUGUAAAUACUGUACAGAGGAAUUAUUUUAAAGAGCCUGUUGAUGCUGUUUCCUACUCUUCUGUUCGUCUGUAUCCUCUGUUUUUCUACUGUUGUUGAUCUGAUAUUAAACCUGUAGCUGGUGGAACCGCU